AUGGAUGAAGUAUUCUGGUCGAACGUCGUUAAGCGCUGGUCAGAAGCAUCCGAGGCUGUAAUUAAGCUCAAGAAGGAACUUGCCAAGGUUGAGGAAGAGCGCAAUACGUAUCGUGAUGUGGUUCGCAACCUUCACAAAUCUGAAGGGAGGAGCGCGUCUCAGUCGCGUCACAUCAGCCGAGGGGAGAGGGGGCCGUCUCAUGGGUUCUGGGACGACGAGGAAGCCACGCUGAAUGCGACCGUAAAGGAUGAACUACAAGUCGCGGAGAUUGGGUUUGGGAGAGCAAAGGAAGAGUAUAGGAGACUACAGAAGGAGCUUGCUGAAUCUGUUGAGAAGGUCAAAGCCUUGACACUCGAGAAUGAACAGCUGGCUCUGCGGCAUCAUCAAGAGAUAGGGCAUUUCUUCAAAGAACACCAGGAGAUACACGCAGUUCAAGGCCAACUUGUUGAUGUACGCUCAGAGAAUCGCGUCCUCCAGGAAAAGAUACAGACCCUGGAGAAAGAAAUGACGCAGCUUAGACUGAAUGAACAGUCGGCCGCAGAGCUCACACCUAGACCGCCCUUUGUGAGGUCGCUAGAACGCAGGGUGAAGUCGCUGCAAGAGUUGGUUGAAACGCAGGAAACAGACCGCGAAGAAUUGCUUGGCGAAAUCGCGGCAUUGCGAGACAAGCUCCAAAGAGCGGAGGAGAAUAACAAGGUGCUUCUAUCGUCGAUUGUUCGACUGCAAGAAAUCGCUCGUCAUUCCAUGUUGGGUGCCCUGCACCCGCUCUCGAAUCUACAAACCGGAUCUCCAAAGCCACCAAGAGCGAUGUCUAUAGCCUCAUCUACCCGAUCCCGGAAAUUCGAGUCUCCUGAACUGCAUAAGGUCAAGUCCUCUAUGCAUAUUACUUCCGUCAUUCCGACGAAAGUCGAAGAUGUGACCUUUAUCCGCCGCGCCGCGCCGAGUCCACAACUGCUGCCAUGUCUACUCCCACCGGAGCGCGAGAAGGAAAUUGCAAAACUUCCCGUUAUACGCAAGAUUAUAAAUAUCGAGGAUGACAACUGGUUCGACCGGGAAUUCCUCAAGGUUGCCCUCGGAGACGGGAUUCAGUCCCUCGUUAGACGGCUCGCAGAUGACCCGACCAGUGCUGACCGUAAAGCGACUAUAGGGUCCUAUUUGUGCCCGACGCUUAACCACCAUCCGUGGUGCCCUUCCGUCCCGGGGCAGCAUGGCUUCAUCUUUGUUGGUCUUGGGAAAGAGAAGGAGUCCUACAAAUCCCCCGCUAUUCGCAACCUUUUCGUCGGACUUCCGAAAACCCAUGCGAAACACCGCAAGUUCAGGUAUCUCGGCAGAUACAGAGUCACGCGUGUGAGAUCUCUGACCGUCGAUGAGUGGGAUACUCUAUCGGAGGAUGUCAAGGUCAUGUAUGCCAAGCUUACAAAGGAUAAGACGCGGGACUUGCGCUCCGUUGAGGAUAUCACGGAUGCCUAUAAUAAUGGAGACCUCCAUGUCCCUUGUGUCCAGCUGCAGUGCAUGAGCUUCGAUGAGCAGCUGUAUGCUGCUCUGAUAUCGCAUAGAGACUCUGACCCGAAAGCUUGA